AUGGCUGGUAGCUCUCCUCCUAAGAAGCUCCUCAUAGAGGCAUGCACUGAAAGACUCAGAAAAUGGCUGUCGGAGAGGUGGAGGAACUCCUAUAAUAUUAGGAGCAUCGAGAUCGAGGAAAGCUUUAUAUUUUCACCAUAUUUGUUUUCUGAGAAUGAUUUGUCUGUAUUUGGUUUCAGACAGGACCCAGAGCAGAAUCAAGAGUACAAUAAAGGAGUUUUUGAUGGCAUUGGAGUGUAUUACUGGGGACAGAUGAAAUACAAAACCAAGCUGCGCAGUACAAAUUUAAAGAAGGUGUUUCGGUAUGUGGAAAGAGCUCCUUUACUAUGCAUCCUUGAUGACAUCAUUGAACCUCUUGAUUAUUUUCUGCUGAAGCGACAAAAAUCUUCUCCAGACUCCGACUCAGAUUCAGACACUGAUGAUGAUGAUGAUGAUAAUGAACCUCAGGUUGUGAGUACAGUCCAGCAGUCACCAGAAGCUUUAUUCCUUGAGGCUCUUGAGUUUUAUUGUCUUUUAAAAAUGCGACUGGGGUUGUUGGAGACAAAAUGGAGAGACACCAUUGAAAAGCUAUUACCUACUAACAGCUGCAAAGGUUUUGUUGAGGCAUUUCAAUCAGAGAUAUUAAGAACACUUCGUGGACUUGUUCAAGUAUUCAAGAAAAUAAUGAGUGAAUGCUACAAUGGUGAAACCAAACCACGCUACUUGCAGCUAUGUGAGAGACUGAAACUAAGUGCUAAAGAGGAGGAGGCAAUGCAUCUAAUUUUCAUGUACAAUGCUGGAGUUAGAUUUGUGAAGACCCAAUCAGUGCAUUGUAGCAGUCAUGGUAGUAUGGCAAUGGAAGUGGCAUGGUUUGCAGAAAUGACUGGAUCAGAAAUGUAUGAGUUUUUCAGUGAAAACAGGGCUCACAUGAAACAAGAGAUGUUUGAAUCAGAUAAUGAGUAUACCACUAUACUAGCAGCUACAUUUCUAACAAUGCCACCAACAAUCAUUAAAGCAUGUUGCGGUGAAACUGAUCUUACUUCUCAAUCAUAUGAGUCUGACUUGGAAUAUCUUGAAGAUAACUUUGAACUGAUAGAGACUCUUGUUAAGGCGAGAAAGACAGAGAACAGUGAUGAUAUUAUAUUUACUAGACCAGACCAGAGGAGACCUGAAGCUAUCAUGAGAGAAAUGAAAGCUAAAGCUAGAAGUCUUACUGCUAAGAUAAAUGGAAGAAUGGAAGCCACUAAACAAUCUGGAGAUUGGUUACCUCGUUUAGAGAGGCUAGCUAUAUUGCGAAGCCUCGAUGAGUUUGAAAAGAAGACACUGCUAACACUGACUGGGUGUAUGGUAUCUAGAAACUUGAGAGACUCACGUGAUAGGGAUUCUGUAUUUUCACACAAUGUGAAUAUUGGAAUGUUGAUUGGGCUGUUUUGUGAAGGAUUAGGAGAACAAAUAAAGGCUAGAGUGUACUUCUAUCGCACAUCACGUCUUGUUAAAGAGGGCCUGAUACAAAUUUGUGAUCCUCCUAUUUUGAGUCGAGGCAAUUUCCUUGACUCUGGAGUUCAGUUGGAUAGACGACUCCUUGAUUAUAUUGUUGGACUUGACACAGAGAUUAAUGAACUAGUUGAUGGAAGUGAUCUAUAUUCUCCUGAAGUUACAUUAUCUGAUGUUGCGAUGCUUUCAGACCAAAGACACCUUUUACUCAACACUUUUGACUCAUUUGACAAGUUUAAAAAGACAUGCAAAGAGCUCAAGUUAGCCACACAUGGCUACAAUAAAGGAUUAUGUUUAUUGUUCUAUGGACCUUCAGGAACAGGUAAGACAAUGACAGCAAAUGCUGUUGCAAAUCAUUUGAAGAAGAAGUUGCUAUUAGUGACUGUAUCAUUACUCACUGAAUCACAAAUUACUAAAGAUUUGCUUAAGUUCUUGUUUCGUGAGGCCAAGAUACAUAAUGCUGUCAUCUUUUUUGAUGAAUGUGAGCCACUCUUUGAAUCCAGAGACUCUCGUACUAACCCAUGCCUUGCACUGCUACUAACAGAGAUAGAGCAGUAUGAAGGUAUUAUAUUUCUUGCUACCAACAGACAUCAGGAUCUUGAUGAAGCUAUGCACAGGAGGAUACAACUAGCACUUCCUUUCACUGUACCAGACUUCACACUUAGGAAAGAGAUCUGGAAAUCACAUGUGCAUAGCCAAUUGAUUGGUGAAGACAUUGAUUGGGAUAGUCUGGCACAAGAUUAUGAAUUGACUGGAGGUUUAAUUAAGAAUGCUGUACUUAGUGCCAUAUCUGUUGCUACUAAGAAAACUAAUGGAACCUCUAGCAAACUGACCCUCUCCACAGACGAUUUACAUAAAGGAGCUAAAUUGCAAUUAAAAGGAUUAUUGGAGAUGGUUGAUUUUGAGAGACGUGUCAUUCCAACAUAUGGUCUAAGUGAACUAAUACUUGAACCAUCAACACUAAAUACAAUUGAAUCCAUUCUUAAUUCAGGAAAGACUCACAAGUUUAUUAGUACUCAGUGGGGAUUCAAUAAUUCCUCAGGACAUAAUGUAGCAACUCCCACGGGAAUCAUUUGCCUUUUAUCUGGAACAGCUGGAGUGGGUAAAUCCUCCAUUGCACAUGCAAUUGCAUAUGAGUUAGGUCAGCCAAUAAAGGAAGCUACUUGUACUGAGUUGUUGUCACAUACCGUGUCUUCAAAUCCUCGUGCUGGGCGUGGUGUGGCUACCUUUUUCAGGGAUGCUGCUAGGGCUAAUGCUAUAGUUGUGUUAGAUGGGGCAGAGUUUAUACUGGGAUCAGUGUCAAGUGUUCAAUUAAGUGGUGUGAUAGGAUGUGAGACAUAUUCAUUAGCUUAUCAAAUUGAGCAGUACACAGGUAUGACUAUCCUUACCACAAGGUAUGAGAUUGGACUUCUUGAUCUAUCCCGGAUUCCAAAAAUGAGGUAUGUGGUUCCACUGUGGACUCCCAGUGUCAACCUGAGAGAAAAAAUAUGGAGUAAAUUAUUGCCUAAAAAACUACCAGUCUCAUCUUCAAUUGAUGUAAAGAAACUAGCUGAAAGGUUUAGCUUCACAGGAGGUGACAUUGGAUCAGUUAUAUGUACUGCUGCUGAAAUUAUAGCUGGAGGAGAUACUGCUAAUGUUGAGUCACCUUCCUCUGUGACUACUGAACUAUUGGAACAAGUUGCUGAGACUCAUUUGAAGAAAAUGAAUCAAACAGGACACUCUAUCCAGUCAAUGUUUCAAUAGACACAAGUUACUGUAAUGAAACUAAUCUUGGUAGAUUAUUGUGUGAUUGUGUGUAUGCAUGAAAAUGCUUAUACUUUGGCUGUAUUAUUGAUUGUUUUUAUUGCUGUCUUUUUGAUCUUUUUAUUCACUAGGAUAAGAAAUUUUUUUAGUUAUUAGAUAUUUUUAAAAGUAGCAUUGAUGUAUUUAUACUAUUGCAUAGUGUAUGGUGUUUCCCAAAAA